AGAAAGUAAGGGAUAAGUUCGGUAUGCUCGAGACCCUUUCCUCAGCCCUCUGCUCAGUCUCGGGAAGCUGCUUGUGUCCGCGCCUUGCCGAAUAAGGUCUGUCACUUGCUGCGGGUCGGUGAAGGUGCGGCGGAAGACGCACUCGGCUAGCUGCUGACUCGCCUCGGGGUUCUGCUGCGCUCCCUUGCGGGACGGCACGCGGAUAACUUAAAGGACGUCAUCGACGCCUAGAUGACCAUCGUCAGACUCCGCAGAUGCGCUUGAGGCCAUCACUUCACAACCCGUAGCACACCAGAUACACGAAAGCUGAUUGUGCUUUCUUCACUGUCUUCCUUUCUCUCUCCCCGGGCCCCCUCUCCGCAAGCGGACGGCACAUUCUUUUCUACUGUCCGCUCUAUAGCUCUGCACGAGGGGAAGUAUUCCGUGUUGUUCGCAUGUAUGGCCUUCCGGCGCCUGAUGGCAAGGUUUACUUUCGAUGGGAUCUCAAUUAUUGUGAUCCUCUUGUGUUUGCCUUUUCUCUGCUCACAUCUCGCUCACUGCGUGUGCAUGAAGCGGUAGCCAGUUUUCUACUGUCUGCGAAGGCCUCGCGUAAGCGGUGGGUUGCGUUGCAUCCGGUGCUUCCUUCUCCUGACUUGUGACUUUCUAUGGACUCAUACAGACCCUUUCUUGCGUACCCCUUCGGGGGGCCGGGGGGCAAGGUCCCCGUGAGGUUAACGAACGAACGAACGGACGGUGCGGGAUCGCCUCUUCAGAGCGCCGUGAAACCGCUGCUUCAGGAAACAGUGAAGAUGGGAGAGUCGAUGCACCUGCCCGUGACGGGCUGCGAGAUGGCUGACCAUCUGAUACGAAGGUCUUCGGAGUCGUUCAUGGCUGCCAAGGAGAGAGCGGACGCCGAGAUGCAGGCCAUCGCCAAUGAGAUCUCCACCUUGGUGGCGGCAGAAGGCGGCACGUGGCAGCUCACUGACACCGAGGGAGAGAUCAUGGUCAAUGCCGGUAAAAAGGAAACAGCCAGCAGGAGUGCCAGUUGUAUUUGCUACACGCAUGCAUCGCUUUGCUCUGUGUGACCACAUCCAGGCGGUUCGGUCUUUCCCGUGAGUCGGCGUGUACUGCUGAUGCCGUAUAUGAAGCAUCGCUAUAUCUCAGUGCUGCUGAUGCACCAUGCGAGCGGCCUGCCGAGAGAUGCCGACGGCCACAUCUACCUGGAGACGUCACCGGCGUAUUUCGAGGCCUUUCUGGACGAGCUGACGCUCUAUGAGACCGGUCGCACCAACACUGUCGAGCUGCCGCCGCCCAAGGCUGCUGACCCGCUCUACGCCGACUACCAUGCCCUCUUCACGCGGGAGAUCAACUGCUAUGCGGCGCCUCAGCAGACCACCCCACCCCACACGGCCAGCACAGCAUCGACUGACAAUCCCACCGGCAGCGAGGACCAGGCCAUCCAGCAGUAUCUGAAGGCCUGCGAGCAGUUCCUCCGCACCCACUCGGCGGCCAUCAAGCAGCUGCAGGGCGUCAGGGAUGACAUCAGGUGCUUCCUGGAGGCCAUGGAGCCCUUCUUCGCCAGCCCUGACGGGAGCGAGAACGAGAUUUUAAGCCUGACGGUCCUUGGCCGCAAGGUGUCGAUGAUGCGCAAGACCUUCAGUCGUCUGGGCCCCAACCACCCGCUCCUCACCCGCUUCGCCACGUAAGAGGAGCGAGCAGACACAGAUAUGACAACGACCAGGUCAUAUUGGGCGCUUGGGGGCUGUGCGUGGUCUUUGCGUGGUCUGUGCAGCACACCCCCCUGUUGGGCCGACCGUCGAGUGCGUCAGACGCCCACCAAGUGCUUCGUGACGACUGUGGAGUUUGCCCGGCGCAUCGCCGUUCUGCCGGCCUGUCAGCUGAUCCGACCGCCGCUGCUCGAGGAGGGAGGCGAGCGCCACUUCAUCGAUGACAUCGUAAGUGACGGCACCGCGCCCGGGUCCACACCAGUUGGCAGUGUGGCUGGUCUCAUGUGUGUGUCAGGAGAUGUAUGGGCUGAGGUACCAGCCGUAUUGCCAUCUGCCGGCCGCCGAUGGCACCGACUUCAUCGCCAAGUCGGCCGAGGAGUGGGGCAAAGUCAUCGACAUGACCGGCAAACCCUCACCCAGAGCCACACUCAUCUACAAGUGAGGAGGCCACACACACAGAGAGGGAAAUGGGCACAGAGACAGAUCAUCCUGGGUGUUCAUGUUGAUAUCAGGUCGAGUCGUGACACAUUUGAGUACCCCUCCUUCCUCAACAAGGUGGUGGGCAAGAGCGGCCUGCUGUUCGCCAUCCGGCAGGGCGACACACACAGAUUCGGCGCCUUUGUCGAUGGACCACUCACAGCGCCACAAGACCCAACAAAGACCAACCGCUACAAGGCGCCCCUCUUCUUCUUUUCGCUGUCCGGUGCGUACGAGACGCCGACCAAGAUCGAGCUGCCAGAGGAGAGGCAGUAGUGGGUGGACGUGGCCGGCACACAGGGGGCGGUGAAGGACACCGAACACCAGCCGCUCGCCAAUGUGUGCAUCGCCCGCGGCUACCUGUGGCUGGGAUAUGCCAGUCCUGGUCCGGCGGCCGACCUCAACCGCUGCUGUCAGUGGAUCAAGGAGGAGCACCUUGCAGAGAGAUACAAUGGGGAGAUCAACGAGCAUGGCAACGGCACAUUAGCACAGUCCUACAACUUCACUUGCGAUGAGAUGGAGAUCUGGCAGGUGUGUGUGUGAGGGGAACGGAGGGCACACAUGGCUGGCUGGCUGUGGACAACACUGCUGUAUGUGUUCUGUGUGCAGGUGGGGAGCGGCUGAAGCACCAGCAUGCGAGAUAGCGUCAGUCACGUGGCUCUGCCUCCUUCGUGUGGAGUUUAAUCCACUCGGUUUUGCCGUGAGCCGUCUUUUAUUGGUGUGUUCCUGCCUGUUCCUGCGAAUUGUGGUCUUCGUGAAUGGUG